AUGUUGACGGAGCACUUCCUAGCCUCGAUUGGCACCACGAACAGGAAACCGGACACUUCUUCCGCCACCAAGGAUGCCGGCAUUUUUCUCCACGAGCACCAGCCGCUUCUCGCGCAGCGCCACGCUUUCAAGAAAAGUGCUUGUGCCCCGAACUGCGUUGCUGUCAGCCGAUCGCACGUUUUCGCCGCGCAGAUAGACAAGGCAGUCGUCAAUGUCUACAGCAGGGAGAAGGGAAACCAGGAGGCUACAGUUCCAUUCCCUGAGAGGAUCACAAGCCUCACGCUUGCGCUCGACGAGACCUUGUUGGUGCUGGGGACGGAUGGCGGAAGGAUAAUAUUGUGGGAGACGUGCACCGGUCGUUCAUUAACAGGCCCGCAAUCCCACCUCCAGCCCGUCAAUGUGCUCGCCGUUGACCCGACUUCGCAAUUCCUCCUCAGUGGCUCUUCCGACUCGAACAUCCAUGUCUGGUCAUUACCGUCCCUACUUUCGUUCACCGCACCAGCAAAUCCAACUCCGCUUCAUACCCUCUCCAACCACCGUGGAGGCGUCACGGCAUUGGCCAUUGGCCACAGCACCUCUAGUGCAAAUAUAGCCAUUUCGGCGUCAAAAGAUAAUACGGCCAUCGUUUGGGAUUACCAGCAAAACAACCUCCUCGCAACGUACCUUCUUGGCGAUACUCCCCUCGCCCUUACUCUUGAUGCCGCGGAUCGCGGAUUCUUCGCAACGUAUGAGGAUGGCAGCAUGCAGUACAUCGACUUUUACACUUCUGGAGACGCCGACGCACAAAAUAGCGCAACCGACUCCCUCCGUGAUCCCGAUACAUCCUACACACCCAUCACACCGGCACCUUCAACCCGGUGGCGCCCCACAAACCAAGACCUCGGUGCGGCUCAGAGCAUAGCACUAAGCUGGGAUGGAACAACUAUCCUGACUGGCCACUCCACCGGAAAAAUUGCAUCAUGGUCGCCUGUUGGCUCAACACACCUCAAGACUAUACUCAACACGCUGCCCGGCCCUGUUACUAAUAUCUCCUUCCUCCCCCCGACUGGUUUUCCAACCUCAACCAAUGAGCCCAAGUACAAGAUCCAUGCAGUAGUUAAGCCGCGCCUCGAUUUGAAGGCGCAUGUCAGCGACGGGGAAGUCUCAAGCCCUGUGCCAGCUGCGUAUGCUUUCAAUGCUCAGCUCGUCGACUCAAUCUCGCGGCCGACAGUCUCCGCUUCCAAAUCCAGAAAAGGCAGCAAGAAGAGCGCAUUCGAGGAAGCUCUGACACAUACUAGCUUUCCAUCGGAGUUGCUGGAGCACAGCCUUGCAGAGCUUAGUGCCUUCGCUGGCUCCGGCCAAUCGACUGCUGCGGUGGCGCCUCCAGCUCCUGCCGAUGGCGAGGCAGAUUUCAUGGCUCUGGACACGGAGGAAGACGCGGGCUCGAAUGCGAAUGAGGCAUUGGAGCGCGAAAAUAAGGAACUGCGUGAGCAAUUAGAGUCUCUCCAGCGCUUGCAGAAGGCGACCCUGAAGCAGCUUGCAGAGCUGAAAGAAGAAAAGAAGAAGUCGAAGGGAGCAGCAGCACCGAGCGAGAAGGAGACGGCGGAUGGAAAGAGUGACAGGGAAAGGAAGAGUGAAAGGUUACGUAGGCUCGUGGAGAAGAUGGGCGAUUGA